AUGUUGGAGCUGGGGAACACUCCGGAUGGUCGUGAGAAGAUUCGGCAGCUGUUGGUGGAGAAAGGAAGCUUUGACAAGGUGGAGCUUGUUGUCAAGCAGUGGCAGGAGAGGAAGAAGACGGAAGAGGUCGCAGGAGGCUAUGUCACCAAGAAGUGGUUGAUGGACAACAAGUCAUACACACAAUGCCGCAAGAAUAUCAUCACAGGAGAGGAGGAAGCGGACAUUCCCCUUGAUGAGAAGUGGCAGGUCAAGAAGGAGCAAGGCCAGCGUCUGGAGUUCGAGACCGGAUGCGAAAUGGAUGAUCCGAAUGGCAGCCUGCUUGAAGAGACGGGCUUCUCUGGUGAGGAUCAUCUCCAGGAUUUCGCAGGCAGCUCUGAGGCUCUGCCUGCGGUGUCAGUCGCGGCUGCACAAGCCGGGGCUUCCUUCAAGUUGUGCUUCCCGGCACUGCAGCAGAAUGUCUCACCGGCCUCCAUACUCCCCAGCUUUCUUACUGUGCUUGGACGAAAGCUAGACAAUGGUGAGGAGGCCAAGGACAAGUGUCUUGCUCUGAAGACGGCCAGGUCGGAGUCGAUUGCGAACGACAUGACGAAGUCCCUGGAAAGCCUCCAAAAGAUCUAUGAUGAACUGCUGAAGAAGCAGGCUUUGGCAGCAACUGCCACGACGGAAGACGAGCUAACCAAGAUGAUCGAGGCCGAGAUCGUCUCCAAUUAUGUGGCUGCGACCAAGGAAGACCUAGAGCCUGAAGGGCAAGAGUACCGCGACACCCGCAAGCCCGAAGAGUCGGAGUCAUCAUCGGAUGACCUGUUCGACGAGCUGCUUGAAGGGUCGACUCUUGUGCAAGAGUUACUCGUCUUGCCAGCAAAGCUGAAAAGUGGACGGGACCCGAUGUUGGAACGACUGGCCCGGUGUGCACGGGGUGGGAAAGGCAAUGCUUGCCGCAAUCUUCACCGAAUGCUGGCCGAUGACAAGCUUUGUCGGCUGGCCGGUGCUCCGGUUGUCGAGUUGGGAUUUUGGGCCAAGUAUUCCUGCAUAGAUGGUGGACAUCCACUCUUCUCCAGUGAAAUAGUUGAAUUUCUGGACAAGACCUACAAGAUCCAUUUUGCUUAUCUGGGGCUGAACUACUUCCCCAUGGGGAUCGGGAAGGGCUUCGACACAAUCCUGCUGCUGGAAUGGCUUCAGGACUUUCUGCGGACAGCAGAUCAAGGGCAUCGCAAUUUGUUCGAUGUGCUGGUUUGGACGAUCGAGAGCACUAACAGCUUCUUCAAGCCUUUCUAUGGAAGGGGGAUUUGGAUCCCCAGCACCGUUGCCUCCGAUCUGGUGUCUCAUGGCUAUAACAUGCUCGAGGGCUAUGGUUACUUGGCGGCGCUUUGCGUGCAGCGACGCUGGGCGCUUUUUAAGCUGAAGCCGAAGAUUCACAUGCAGGCUCACCUUAUGACUCUCGGCAUCUGA